AUGAACACGGAUGACCAGUACUUCUCCACAGCCCACAUCUACAAGGACUCUUGUGCAUUUCAGAGGAACCAGGGGCAGGACUACAGCCCGAGCCCACCAGCAUGUCUUUACAUGGGAAGACAGCAGCCUUCUGCCUAUACCAACUCAAUGAUAACUUUGGAUCCAGGAAGCCCCCCAGAUAUCUCACCAUACGAGGUGCCACCUAUAUCAGAAGACCCAGUUGUGCCUCAUCUUCACCAUCAUCAUCAUCACCAUCAUCAUCACCCUGGGAUCCCCCAGCAGCAAACAAUGCCUUUUCCUGAGGACACAGAAGCUGGACUCUUAGAUGAACGGAACAGAACCAUUUUACCUUUCCCAUGGAUGAAAUCCACCAAAUCACACACCUGGAAGGGACAGUGGACAGGUGGCUCAUAUAUGAUGGAACAAGAAGAAAAUAAGAGAACAAGGACAGCUUACACAAGAGCACAGCUUCUGGAGCUGGAAAAAGAAUUCCUCUUUAACAAAUACAUCUCAAGGCCAAGGAGAGUUGAGUUGGCCGUCAUGCUGAACCUGACCGAAAGACACAUAAAGAUCUGGUUUCAGAACCGAAGGAUGAAGUGGAAGAAGGAAGAAGACAAGAAGAGAGGACGAGGAAGUGACCCCGAACAAGACUCUGUGGUGUCCUCUGCUGAUAUUAUAAAGGAUGAGUCUCAGUGUAUGGGAAACACACUACCCACCAGAGACUUGGUGCUGUCACCACCAUUGCCAACUUCUUCAUCCUCACAAGCCAACUCUAUGACAUCCUCCAAACAAGCUGAAAAGCGAUAG